AUUUUUCCGCGUUUCUUGAUAAGACUGUUUCUUUUUAAUUCUAGCUCCUGUUUUUCCACUUAUAGUAUUGAUAGCAAUAUAAAUUAGGUAUUUUGGAAGGAUUAAGUGGUUUUAGCUCGUCUUCCUGUGAAUUCCAUGAAUGACACUGGUGUCCUGUAGACUGCCUCACCCAUAAAGAGAUUGUUUCCAUUCUAAACACAUUUUGCAUCACGAGCAUAUUUAGUGUACAAAAUAAUAAUAAUAAUGAUGUACAUGAUGUCUUUCCAGAUAGUUUCAGGUCUUUUAGAUUAUAAUAUUACUGGCCAUAUUGAUCAACCAGAUAAGAUUACUCCAGUAUAAGCAAACUAACGGUCACGUAAAGCUGUAACUCGGCCCUGUUGAGAUAAAAACUCGAACUAAAGGAGCUCUCAAAUUCUAGAAAACAACAUCCUAGAGUGCAAAGGUUUCAUUCUGUUGGUAUUUCGAGUGCUUUACCCUUGAGUCUACACUCGCUCGUCACAUGAAAGCCUCGUCAAUAUCUGUUUUCUGAUUAUGUUACAUUAUGUUACCUGGUGAAAUCCCUUGUCCUUUGUCAGUAUUAACUAGCAUUUUCUGAUCUAAUCUCAGUUUAAUCUUAAUUCUAAAUGGAUAUUCGCUUCAAGAGUUGAGUUUGGCUUCUCCGCACCACGUAGCAGAUGUAACUUUCCCCAACAUUGGAAAUUUGAAUCGUGACGAACUUCAAAGGGAGAAACGACCAAGAAUGAUUGUCUAUUGAGAUUAAAAAUAAUUUCGAAAGUGCGCCCACUGCGAAACUAGUUCGAAACUACGAAUACUGUCUUGAGUCAGUAACGAACCGAGUAUAGUUACACAUCAGACGAGCUGAUCGCUUUACCUGACCGAUAUACAGUUUCAUCACUCGGCCCACAAGAUAAUGACGUCAUCUGACAUUCAGAACACAAGCUUUCUGUCCCCACAACACGGCCAGAUCGUCCUGGAGCUUGGUGCCAAACACGUGAUUUUGUCAAUCAGCCUCGUUCUCAUUCAAUUUUUUGCUAUAUUUGGAAACACGAUGCUGUUCUUGGUGGUCUACCGUAAACCCCAUUUGCGCACGCGCACUAAUAUGUUUAUAUUGAAUCUAGCGUUUGCAGACUUGGGCGUGGCCAUUCUCUGCAUGCCAUUCUCCGUGAUCACCUGUGUACGGCAGUCCUGGGUGUUCGGUGACGCUCUUUGUCAGUUCAAUGGUUUCAUUAACAUCACGUUCGCCAUGUGUUCGCUACUCACACUGACUGCUAUUGGUAUAGACAAGUACUUUACUAUCGUGAAACCGCUGGACCGAGUAAUGACGAGACAGCGGGCGCUCCUGAUGCUGGCAGUCGCGUGGGUUGAACCCGUGUUGUUUGCAUCGCUGCCACUUACUGGCUUCACACGAUAUGAAUAUAAACAAGGAAGUUCUCAAUGCGGUGUACAGAACCCAGUCUCUCUCGCACAAACCAUACACGCAGGACUGGUAUUCCUCGUCGCUUACGUCAUACCGCUAAGCAUCAUGGGAUUUGCUUACGUCAAAAUUUACAAAACAGCUCGACUUCACAACCGUCGUAUGAGCCACACAUCGAUGACUACAAGAGUAUCUACAUCUAGAUCAAUUCAAAACCAGAUCGCUUUAACUAUCUUCAUCAUGCUCAUGGUGUUUAUUAUUUGCUGGACGCCUUACUUCAUUUACGUGGCUUACAUCACAGCUAAUCACGUGACUAACGAUCUAACAGGUGACCUUGGACUGGCAGCUUAUUGGUGCGUGUUCUUGAACAGCGCCUUGAAUCCUUAUAUCUACGGGAUUCGUAAUCCACAUUUCAGGGCAGCAUUCAAAGAAGUUUGGAUGUCUGCAACUCGUUCUUUCUGUAGCUUAUUCAGUAACGUCAAAAAGAGGGGAUAUUCCAACUCUUCCACUACCGUAACAAAGACUUCCCAGGCUUCUCCUAACAACAACGUAUCGUCUCGAAGUCCGAGUGUUCUGCUAAUGUGCAGUUCCCAAAUAGCGCAUACCGGAAGUGACGAGAAAUCGGAAAAAGAUGUGGAAAAGGGAUGCAAAGCUCAAGAAGAUCACGACUUGCCAGAACAUUCAGAAUUACAGGACAAAAGAUCGGAUUACAAACCUGCCCAUAAAACCGUAGAAAACCAGCUCAAUUACAACACUCCCCUGAUUUCUCACAUCAACCAAGGAUUUGAGGACAAGGAUUCUUGCUGUCAUGAAUGUUCACGAACCAUAAGAGAACAAAACAUACACAACUGUGAUGACCACUCGUUACUAAGGCAACAGUGUGUAUCUCGAAACAUACCACACGGCUCUUCACGGCGUAUGCUCAGACCUCACACGCAUCCUCAAACUAAGCCUUGUAAUCGACUAGACACUCGAACUGAAUUCAAAAUGGCUACGCACGUGCGCAUUCAAAGGCGGUGUACGCAUGCGCACAGGAAAAGUACUGGGAGAACCAAUCAGAUGAUACACAUAGGGCCACGUGGGUUUAAUAUAAAUAGUCACGUGAAUGCAUCAGAUAGCGGAACUUGUCAAAGUCAACUGAGCUGUAAGAUUAGACAAUCAAAGGAAAACAGAAAAAGAAGAAAAAUGCAUUGGAUUGAGACGUAUUUGUAAUUAUGUUUCCUCAGUAUGUUGAUAAUGACCACGGUUCGAAACUAAGGCCCCGUCCACACGUAUCCGGAAAUUUUUGUAUCUGCAAAUUAUUUUUUGCGGAUACGAAAAUGUUUGCGUCCACACGCAGCGUAUUCGAAUCGUUUUCACCGUCCACACGUAUCCGUUUUCGUAAAAUUUGCGGAUACGGACACAAAAAUUUGCGGGCACGUGUGGACGCAACCUAUAUCCGUAAAAAACAAUUGCGGAUAAAAAUUGCGCCUAAGCGACUCCAAUGAUCAAUACUUGCCUAAUUAAAGCUGGAAUGACUUGU